GGAAAACUCUCUCAUGCUUUGGGGACAAAAUCUCAGUACACAAAAAAUAUUAGCUUGUGUAUCUAGAAAGGUGAAUGUCUUAAUGCUGUAGUCUACAAAGGCUACUUGCCACUGCUGCUGUAAUUUCUUUUCAUGUGUCUGACACAAAAGGUCAAAGAAAUUACCUGAGCUGUUGUGAGGAGCUGAAAAUGGCCAGGGCUUGAGUUGUAUAGCUUGUACAAACUAUGUGCUUUCAGGUUUUUGUUGUAAAAAACAGGGCCUGGGAUUUGGCAGCUUUGCUUGCAGAGAGAUAAAUGUCACUGCUGACCUUCAGUACCAUUGCCUUUGGGAUUUAUGCUUUUGACGGAUCUGGAGCUGAAUGCUGGUGCAGCCUGGACCAUUGGUAAUGAAGACUUAAGAGUCUUCAGCAACUUAAUAUUGUUGAUAUGAUGGGAAUUGUCUGAAGGGAUGGAACACAGUCACAUGGCAUAAGGUAACAGGCUGUUAUAUCAGCCACACUGUGAAAUUUGCAUUGAUCUUUUCAGUUUUUAGAAUCAGAGAGUAAUUUAGGUUGGAGGGUACUUCUGGAGGUCAUCUGGGUCAACCUCCUGACCAGAGCAGUGACAACUUUAAAAGUAGGUGAAAUUUUUCAGGGUUGUGUCCAAUAAAAUUAUGAUUUUUUUCCAGGGAUGAGCAUUCAACGGCUUCUCUGAUUUCCCAUUUGGUUUUGUAGCAUCUUCAGUGCAAAAUUCACUUGCUGAAACGUGCCUGUUGCCAGAGUCUGGCUCUGUAUUUUCUCUGAUUAGCUAGUUGGAGACUGCAGGUCCUGCAGCCUUGGUUUCCAGGCUGAACAAAUUCAGCUCAGGCAUGGCAUGAGCUGCAGCCUUCUGACAGUCUUGGUGGUCCUUGUUGCAGGUACUCAGUGUGCUGAGGAGCCCAAACUGGAUGUGUUACUCUAGGUACAGCUUAAAAUCCUGAAUACAGGGGGGAAAUGACUUCCUUUAAGCUGCUGCUCACACUUUUGCUGUGCAGCCUCCUGCAGGGCUGCCCUGUAUAGCUGCAGGUACUGCUGGCUCCUUUUCAUUCUGGCUACUCUUAGCCCCAGGUCUUCUGCUUUACAAUUUGUCAGAUAAGGGCUUAAACUUUCCAUCAGCACAUCACUUCAGCCAGGAAAGAUCCAGCUGAAUGGAGUUCCCUCCUCCUGUGUUUUGGGCUCUGCUGCUCCAGUCCUCUGCCAGCAUUGUUUGAUGUCAUCUGAGUGUGCUCUGUACCACUACCCAGGUGGGUGAGAAAAAACACCUGAGGUACUGCACUUGCAGCUAUCUCCAAAAUUUUAAAUUUGGGACUGCUGAUGACUGCUGAAGUAUUGCUGUCCACCCUAUUUUUUGCUGCCAUUGUAGGCUAUCCAUCCACUCCCCCUAAGUGUUUUUGCUGUAGGUCAGGGUAAACACCCACUGCUCCCCCUUGUCCAUGGAGUUCAUCACAGAAGGCAGCCAGAUUGGGCCAGGAUUAUAGUGGUGAGUGUUACCAGUCACAUUAUCCCUCAUGGGUGUGGAUGUUGGUUUGAGGAGGAUUGGUUCCAUCACCUUUCUCCUCUUCAUUGAAUGAGCACGAUGCACAGAGGGUUCAUCACAGUCUGUCAAGGAAGUGAUCUUCCUGUUUUUCCUAGGGUUCAGAUGUUUUCCUAGGGGUGGAAAAAAUUUCUUAAUAUCACUCCUGAAAUGACUGUUACAAUUGCUGUAAGAAGUCGAGUGCUGUGGUCUGCUAAAAGCAACAUUUGAGGCUUACUCCAGUUAGAUGCAAAGGAAAAGCAGGGAACUCCUUCACACCCUCUCCAGCUGUGCUCACUGUGUUUGGUCAAGGCAGUGGGGAGGUGCCACAAGCCCAGCCCUUAUCAGCAUUGCAGCCGUGCUGGCUUUGGGAGGGUGAUAAAUGUGUGGGGCAGCUGGAAACUGGGAGGGUGAUAAAUGUGUGGGGCAGCUGGAAACAGCACAGCAGGACACGGAGAGCACUGAGCUUUGGGUAAUGGUGUGGCUCGGCACAAGUGAGUGUUAAGUUGUAGGUAAAGGAAAUGAAAGUAGCAAGGAUUUAUUGAAAAAUAUUUGUAAGGAGCUGUGCUCUGAAUGGCUUUGAAACCAAACCUCUGCUGCAGUGAGCAGUUUUAAUCUGAGGUGGGGUGUUGGUGGCUUUUCAGAGGUCACUUUUUGGAGUCUGUGUAUCACCCCCACACUCUCCCCAAAAAGGCAUUUAAAGCCAAGUGCCAGAGGGAGCUGCUGUGGGUGUUUGUGUCCCAGGAGAGCAGCCACCUCUGCACACAAGUGCUGGGAUGAUGGUUGGUGUCUCUGGCCAGCCUGGCAUCUGCUCUUCACGGGUGGGUGACAGGCCAGCAGAGGGAAGGGCUGCAUCCUUUGGCUCAGCCCCCAGCAAAGGGUGAGGCUCUCACUCCCCAGGGAAAGGAGGAGCUUGGUGCUGUUGUGCCGUGACAGGAGCAGUGCAGCCACACAAGUCCAUGCUGUGAAUUUGAGAAACAGCUGAGGCUUUAGUGGGAUGUGGAAUGAGUGCCACAGUGUUUACUUCUGUCAGCUAAUGGUGUAGCUUUUCACUUCAUACAGCUGGAAAUGUAGUUAAUCUGGACAUUGUCAGAGAUUGGUAGUGCUACAUCCCAUUAAUUCCUUUCCUGGUAGUUUCUUAGGCAGGAGGUAGGUGCUUUAGCUUUGCCUAGAAACAUUCCUGGGAGAGACUGGCUGCUGAGAACGCCUGGUGGAGAAGUGGAGUCACUGGCAGCACCCUGCUGAUGCUGAAGGACCAGCCCCAGAUGAGUGGGAUGGUGCUGCUGCUCUCACCUGCUGCCAGAAGGGGAGGCUGGACACGUGUAACCCCUUUCCAGGUUUGAACUAUCUUCCCAGGUGGCUGGAGGUGGCUUGGUGCUUUGGAGGAGAGAAAUCCAACACUUAUUCCCUGCUCAGCUGGACAUUGAUGUGAAGCAAGACCAGACCUGGGAGUAGGUUCUGUAGCUGUUACCAGAGCAUGAAGUAUCAGCAGUCCUGGGGUGGGCUGGGGCCAGUUCUUGUGCACAUCUGUCCCACACAAAGUCAAAGGACCAUAUUAUCUCUGGAGGCUUUUGUUCCACAUUUGCUUUCUUUGGGCUGUAAGCUCUUCCCUGCUAGCACAGCCACAGCUGCUGGUGGAAGACUGGGAUCAAGCUGAAGGCAGAAAUCUUGGCAAAUGUCCUAAGGCGGUCUGGGCUCCCUCGGGCAGCGCUGCAAAGGCACCUGUGAGCGAUGGUCCCCCCCUUUCCCGAGGGACACAGGGGCGGAGCAGAGCGGGGCCGGCCCGGGACGGAGCAGCGGGAGCGCUCCUCGCAGGCGGGGGCAACGCGCCCCUUCGCCCCGGCCAUGAAAUCAGUCAUGUCCGGCACCUUUCCGUCCUGCCUUCGCCUCUCGCGUCGCCCGCGCCCCGACAGCGCCGUCCGCAAGGUAACACCUCUGUCCCCGCAAGGUGGGAUGGAUUACAGAGUCCCCGGCGCUGUCAGCAAUGGUGAAAUGGUGCCCACACACCCUGGCGUGGAAAAGGAGAAGGAGGAAGAAGAGGAGGAGGAGCAGACACUGGAGCGUGGUCAGUGGAACAACAAGCUGGAGUACGUCCUGUCUGUGGCUGGGGAGAUCAUUGGCCUGGGAAAUGUCUGGCGCUUCCCCUACCUCUGCUACAAGAACGGGGGAGGUGCCUUCUUCAUCCCCUACCUCAUCUUCCUCUUCACCUGUGGGAUCCCCCUGUUCUUCCUGGAGACGGCGCUGGGGCAGUACACGAGCCAGGGAGGGGUGACAGCCUGGCGCAGGAUCUGCCCCCUCUUUGAAGGAAUUGGCUACGCCUCGCAGGUCAUCGUCAUACUGCUCAACUUCUACUACAUCAUUGUGCUGGCCUGGGCCUUGUUUUAUCUCUUCAGUUCGUUCACCAUCGACCUCCCCUGGGGCAGCUGUGACCACGAGUGGAACACAGGGAACUGCAUGGAGCUUCAGAAGGCGAACUCAACCUUCAAUGUGACCAGUGAAAAUGCCACAUCCCCAGUCAUCGAGUUCUGGGAGAGGAGAGUGCUAAAGAUUUCUGAUGGCAUCCAGCACCUGGGUGGUCUCCGCUGGGAGCUGGCUCUGUGUCUCCUGCUGGCGUGGAUCAUCUGCUACUUCUGCAUCUGGAAAGGGGUCAAAUCCACGGGCAAGGUGGUAUAUUUCACUGCCACGUUCCCAUACGUCAUGCUGAUUGUUCUGCUGAUCAGAGGAGUCUCCUUGCCCGGGGCAUCCCAGGGAAUCCUCUUUUACCUUUAUCCAGACAUCAGUCGCCUUGGAGACCCUCAGGUCUGGAUGGAUGCAGGCACUCAAAUCUUCUUUUCGUAUGCAAUUUGUCUGGGAUGCCUGACAGCUCUGGGCAGCUAUAACAAAUACCAUAACAACUGCUACAGGGACUGCUUGGCCCUGUGCUUCCUCAACAGUGGCACCAGCUUUGUGGCUGGCUUUGCCAUCUUCUCCAUCCUGGGCUUCAUGGCAGAGGAGCAGGGUGUGCCCAUCGCCAACGUGGCUGAGUCAGGGCCUGGCCUAGCAUUCAUCGCCUACCCUCGGGCUGUGGUCAUGCUGCCCUUCUCCCCACUCUGGGCGUGCUUCUUCUUCCUGAUGGUUGUCUUGCUGGGACUGGACAGCCAGUUUGUCUGCGUGGAGAGUCUUGUGACAGCUCUUGUGGACAUGUACCCCACCAUCUUCCGCAAGAAGAACCGCCGGGAGACCCUCAUCCUGGUGGUCUCCAUCCUCUCAUAUCUGGUUGGCUUGGUGAUGCUCACAGAGGGUGGGAUGUAUGUCUUCCAGCUCUUUGAUUACUAUGCUGCCAGUGGCAUGUGCCUGCUCUUUGUGGCCAUCUUUGAGACUCUCUGCAUCGCCUGGGUCUAUGGUGCUGAGCGUUUCUACGAUAACAUUGAAGAUAUGAUCGGCUACCGGCCGUGGCCCAUCAUCAAAUACUGCUGGCUUUUCAUCACCCCUGCUGUUUGCAUGGCAACCUUCCUCUUUUCUUUGGUCAAAUACACACCGUUGACUUACAACAAGAAGUAUGUGUACCCCUGGUGGGGAGACACUCUGGGAUGGCUGCUGGCCCUCUCCUCCAUGGUCUGCAUCCCUCUCUGGAUCAUCUACAAACUCUCCACCAUCAAAGGCUCACUCAGAGAGAGGUUCCGCCAACUCACCUGCCCACUUGAGGAUUUGCCUUCCAGGCCAGGCACAGAGCAGCCCCUUCCCUCUACCAGAGCUGGCCUCCUGGUGCUGACAGAGCUCGAAUCUCAUUGCUAGGACCAGUGUGGCUCUCCCUCCCUCCCCCAGGAUGGUUUCUAUACAGCCUUUGCCACCUGUUGGAUAACGCAAGGAUUCUUCACUCACCAAGAAGAGAGGGAUUUCUGGGCUGAGGUUCCUUCUCUGGAAGAUUUGAAGGGCUGAUGAAGAGGCUGCCACGGAGACGGUCUGUGUGGAGUUAGCAAUGCACCUUAAUUCUCUCCCUGGAGAGGGCUCUGAAGGGGCACAUCAAGCACCAGUGUUCCUGAGCAUCCCCAGGCUUCUGGUGGGUAGAAAGGAAGGACUGGCCCUGGAGUAAAGUGUCAGAGUCAGAGCUGUGGCUCCAGUGUGGACUUUGGGAGCUUCUCCAUUCAUUCCAUUAAAUCUAUGUUUUUCCUGA